ACUCCCGACUCUCAGUCGCUCGGGCUUCUCCCCGCCCCGCCCCGUCAUUGUCCCCUCCGGUCGCCUUUUUUCUCUUCCGUCCUAAAGGCUCCGAGGGCCGCUCCCUUCUCCCGGUGCCCCGCGUCCGUCCACCCUCGGUGGGUCAGACGAGCAGGAUGGAGGGCUGCAUGGGAGAGGAGUCUUUUCAGAUGUGGGAGCUCAACCGGCGCCUGGAGGCCUAUCUGGCUCGGGUCAAGGCGCUCGAAGAGCAGAAUGAGCUGCUCAGCGCGGAGCUCGGGGGUCUCCGGGCGCAGGCUGGGGACUCCUCCUGGCGGGCCCGCGCCGACGACGAACUGGCAGCCCUGCGGGCCCUCGUGGACCAGCGCUGGCGGGAGAAGCACGCGGCCGAGGUGGCGCGCGACAACCUGGCCGAAGAGCUGGAGGGUGUGGCCGGCCGAUGCCAGCAGCUGCGGCUGGCCCGGGAGCGCACGGCCGAGGAGGCAGCCCGCAGCCGGCGCGCCGUCGAGGCGGAGAAGUGCGCCCGGGGCUGGCUGACCAACCAGGCGGCCGAGCUGGAGCGCGAGCUGGAGGCUCUGCGCGCCGCGCACGAGGAGGAGCGCGCCAGUUUGAACGCGCAGGCUGCCUGCGCCCCCCGGGGCCCCGCGCCGCCCCGCGCGCCCCCCGCGCCCGCGCCCGAGGUGGAGGAGCUGGCCCAGCGGCUGGGCGAGGCGUGGCGCGGGGCCGUGCGCGGCUACCAGGAGCGCGUGGCGCACAUGGAGACAUCGCUGGGCCAGGCGCGCGAGCGGCUGGGCCGCGCGGUGCAGGGCGCCCGCGAGAGCCGCCUGGAGCUGCAGCAGCUGCAGGCGGAGCGCGGCGGCCUCCAGGAGCGCAGGGCGGCGUUGGAGCAGAGGUUGGAGGGCCGCUGGCAGGAGCGGCUGCGUGCCACUGAGAACUUCCAGCUGGCCGUGGAGGCCCUGGAGCAGGAGAAGCAGGGCCUGCAGAGCCAGAUCGCCCAGGUCCUGGAAGGUCGGCAGCAGCUGGCACACCUCAAGAUGUCUCUCAGCCUGGAGGUGGCCACCUACAGGACGCUCCUGGAGGCUGAGAAUUCCCGGCUUCAGACACCUGGCUGCCGUGCCAAGGCUUCCCUCGGCUUCCAGGACCCAAAGCUGGACCUGCGUUUCCCGGGGACUCCAGAGGGCCGACGUCUGGGACCUUCGCUCCCUGUCCUGAGCCCAACGCCCCUCCCCUCCCCUUUGCCCGACACCCUGGAGACACCUGUGCCAGCCUUUCUGAAGAGCCAGGAAUUCCUCCAGCCCCGUGCCCCCACCUUGGCCAGCACUCCCAUCCCCCCCACCCCCCAGCCUCCCAUUGCUGCUUCUGAUGUGGAGCUCAGGGCCCAGGAUGCCCCUGUCUCCUUGCUCCCACCACAGGGGGGGAGGCAGCAGGCUGCGGAGCCCCUGUGGGCUGAAGCCAAGGUGGCCGUCCCUGCCAGCAUCCUGCCAGGACCCGAGGAGCCUGGGGGUGAACAGCGAGAGGCCACUUCCGGCCAAGCCCCUGAGGAUCCUGGCCCCUUGGCCCCACCCCUCAGCCCUGACCAUCCCAGUCCAGAGGCUAAAGACAGAGAGCCCAGUGGGUCUAGAGCGUCCAGCCUAGCCCAGGAGGAAGGUGAAGGGCAGAUUGAUGGGCUGGUGGAGGAGGCAGCAGCCGUGGAGGUCCGAGUGGUCAGCCAAGUGCAGCAGGCGGCACAGCCAGCCGGUGACCUGGACGUGGAGGAAACCGAGGACUCUCAGGGUCCUUUGGGAGAAGAAACCCAGGAGGCUCUGGGAGAGGAGAUCCCGCAGCCACUGAUGUCCCCAGGAGACCAGCACCAGGAGGCCCCAGAGGAGAAUCAAGAAUUGCUGGGGUCUUUGGGAGAAGAGAGCUCAGGCACGUUAGCAAGUGUAGAGACAGAAAAUGAGGAGCCGUUGCAGCCCGUGGAAGAAAAGGACGUGGAGGUGGCGAGGCCUCUGGGAGGGGAGGCCCCUGAGCUGCGGGAGCCUGGGGGGAGAGAGGACCCACGGGCACCGCAGUCCCUAGAAGAGGAGAGGCAAGAAUGGGGGGUGCCCCUCGCAGGGGGUCCUGAGACAUUUCCAGGAAAGGAAGAUGGAGAAACGGUGACGUCUCCAGAAGAGGAGGCUGCGGAGUCAUUGGGAGCUCCAGAAGAGGAGAAUCCGGAGCUGCAUGGAUCUCAAGAAGGAGGAGACCCCGAGCCACAGAGGCCCCUGGGAGAGGAGAGCCGGGGGUCCCUGGGGUCUUCUGAAGAGGAAGACCUAGAGGCGUUGCGGCCCCCACAAAAGGAGAACCAGGAGCCCCCGACGCCGGCAGAGGAGGAGGAGCAAGAGACGGCGCCACCUGCGGCAGAGGUGGACCUGGAGCCACUGGGGUCUCCUGGCAAAGAUCAGGAGGGAGUUAGCCCUCCCGGCAGGGGCAGGGAGUUAGCCAAGUCGUCGGAAGAAGACAAUGCGGGGGCAGUGAGAGCUGCAGGAGCAGAGGACCUGGGGCCGCUGACGUCUGCAGAGGGAGACCUGGAAAUACUGAAAUCCCUAGAAAUGCAAGAGCCACAGUGGUGUCUAGAGGAAGUGGACCGAGGGAUGACGCCGCCUCUCGGGGAGGAGAUCCAGGAACGCUCAGGCUCUCUGGAAGAGAACCAGGAGCCACUGCAAGCCCUGGAGGAAGAGGAAGACGAGGGCGGCCACAGGGAUGCAGCAGAGGAAGAGGACGAGGAGCAGUCGCCGUGGUGCCUGGGAGAGCAGAGGCAGGAGCUGCCGCGGCCUGCAGAUCAGCACACAGGGGAAGAGGAGGAGGAGGUGGAGGAGGAGGAGGAGGAGGGGAGCCAGGGCCUGGGUCAGGAACACCCGGGGAAGGCCGCAAGGGCAAGUGAGGAGGAGGCCGAGCUGGAUCCCAGGCAGCCAGAUGGCUGUGCUGGGAAGGAGGAGGAGGCAGUGCAGGGAGAGCUGCAGCUGGGUGCCAGGGGGACAGCCUGGGGGCCUCCCGGGAGCCCUGAGCCCAGAGAGCAGGGAGUCCCGGCUGUGGGAGCCAGUGAGAAGGAAGGCGCUGAGGGCCUGCAGGAGCCUGAGAGGCAACCAGAGCAGCCCGGAGCCCCAGACCUUCGAGCUCCCCAGGGGGUCCCAGAGGCGACAGAGCCCCUGUCGGAAGGGGAGGCUGCAGCUCCCGAGGGUGACCCAGUCUCCCCAGGAGUCACCUUGGCAUCAGAGACAGCUGUGGGUGAGGCUGCUGUGGGAGCCGUGGAGGACCCAGGCCAUCUGGCCAGAGAGGUGAUGCAGCCACUGUGUGGGGAGGGGGGUUUGGAGGUCAGGAGGGUUCAGGGCUUGGAAGGCCCCCGGGAGGACCCAGAGGAGGCUGAUGUUUCAGAGGUAGAGCCUCCAAAGGCAGAGCCCCCGCAGCCACCCGCAGGCAGGGAGGCCUCAGAGCCCGAGACGCCCUGGGGAGCAGGGGAGGGGUCCCCUGCUGAGACCCCAGGCCACACCGGAGGAGAGGCCCCUGAAUGCAGGCCCCUGGGGUCGGAAGCAGAUGAGGACGACUCACAGCUGGUGCUGGGCGCCCCAAGCCCAAGACCCCCUGAGCCCAGGUCGCCCACCCCCACCCUGGGAGGUGCCCCUGAGCCCCAGCCCCAGGCUGAGGGGAGCCAGGAGGUCAGCUUCGGGCUGGAGGGCAGGGUUGAGGCCACAGGCCAGGUGGAAGGUGAGCAGGAGGAGCUGGGGUCUGGGGAGAUCCCUGAGGGCCUCCAGGAGGAAGGGGAAGAGAGCAGGGAAGAAAGUGAGGCUGAUGAGCUCGGGGAAACCCUUCCCGACUCCACCCCCCUGGGCCUCUACCUUGGAUCCCCUGCCUCCCCAAGGUGGGACCGGGCUGGAGAGCAGAGGCCUUCCCCUCAAGGGUAUGCCCCAGAGGAAGGCUGGGAUCCUGCUGGCCUAGCCUCCCAGAGCCUCGGGGCCCCGCCCCCGGCAGAGGAGGAGGGAGAGGGGGACGAGGAGUGUGACAGGGACUCCGAGCUGUCCGAGGAAUUUGAGGACCUGGGGACUGAGGCUUCCCUUCUUCCGGGGGCCCCCAGGCAGGCAGCAGAACCUCUGGGCCAGGUGCCCCAGCUGCUGGAGCCUGCAGCCUGGGACCGGGACGGGGAGUCUGAUGGGUUUGCAGAUGAGGAAGAGAGCGGGGAGGAGGGGGAAGAGGAAGAGGAGGAGAGGGAGCCAGGGGCUGGGCAGUGGGGGCCAGGGUCCUCUGCUGGCAGCCUCCAGAGAGGGGACUUCCUGGAGUCUGAGACCGUGGGUGUCAGUGUCCCCUGGGAUGAUGGCUCGCGGGCUGCGGUGGCCGAUGCCCCCGUGACUGCCCUGGAGACCGAGUCUCAGGACAGUGCCAAGCCUUCCGGCUCAGAGGAAGAGUUUGACUCUGUUCCCUUGGAGAGGGAGGACCAAGGCCCUGGCCCCGUGGAGACCCCCAGGAGGGCGGAGGGCACGAGCCCGGGCACAGCGGACACCCUUGGGAUCAAUGGCCGAGGCCCCGACUUGGAGGAGUCAGAGCAUGUGAACGGGGGUGUGGUGAACGGGCUGCAGCAGCCUGAAGAGGUGGGGCAGGGGAAACUGGGGGCCCCUGAUGGGGACCGAGGAAGCCCCUUAGCAGAGGAGGAGGGGGCUGCCUUGAAGACCCCAUGGGCAGGGGUUCCCUUUCAACUGGGUCCAAGCCCGUUCCUGAAGUUCAUGCAGAGGGAAGGCGAAGGAGACUCCUGGUCCUCGGGGGAAGACUAGAAAAGCAGCCCUGGUCCCCACGGCAGAACCCAAGCCCUUGCGGCUCAGGGCGGCACCCUUAACUUAUGAUCUCCUGACCCCUGGUUUCUGUCCGAGAGGCCUGGCUGGCGAAGGUGAGACGGGGUUGGCCAAGGAUCCUGUUCCAAGGCCUUGGGGAUAAGAGCCUCGGACCCUGCCAGGGGCCAUCCUGCCUGCUCUGUCCCGUAGGCUUCCGGCAGCAGAAUCCCCAUAGCAACAGACCCCUCUCCUCUGCACCCCACCGACUGGAAGAGGCCUGGGUUCCUCCUGCACCCCCCUCCUCUCUGCAGCGGCACCGCCCUCACUGGCUGUCUGGCUUGUGCCUCACGGAGGUGAAGGCUGCUCCUUUGUCUUCAUCCCCUACCCCUGCCCUGCAGCUCGUCCUAGCUUGAAUAAAGGAUGCCUCUGCCCACA